CCCGCCCGCCGCCGCCGCCCGGGCGCAGCCGGCGCUGGGAGCGCAGCGCGGGCAGGGGCAGGGGCCGGGCCGGGGCAGGCACCGGCGGCUCGGCCAUGGUGGGGCGGCUCAGCCUGCGGGAGGUGCCCGACCUCCCGGACAUGAGGAAGCGCGGCGACUCCGGGCUCGACAGCCCCGACUCCGGGCUGCCCCCCAGCCCCGGGCCGGCCCCGCCGCCCUGGCUGCUCUCCUCGGGCAGCCCCGACCGCGCCGCCGCCAACGGGCUCCCGGAGCCCGAGCCGCCCGCGCCCUCCGCCGCGAGCUCCUUGUUCUCCCCCAGCCCCGUUCUCUCCAGCUGCCCUCCAAGAUUGUGUCCUUUAUCCUUUGGCGAAGGAGUUGAGUUUGACCCUUUACCACCAAAGGAAAUAAGGUACACCUCCUCAGUGCGCUACGGCUCCGAGCGCCGCUUCAUCGCCGACGUCUACCUGCGGCCGGGGCUGGCCGUGGCCUCGUGCAGCCAGACCAUCGUCUGCGUGCCCGACUGCUCCUGGCGCAGCUACAAGGCCGAGGUGCGCCUGGAGCCGCGCCGGCAGCCCCGGCACUUCACCAGCACCACCAUCAUCUACCCCAAGCACGCCAAGACUGUCUACACCACCACGCUGGACUACAACUGCCGCAAGGCCGCCCGCAGGUUCCUCUCCAGCGUGGAGCUGGAGGCCUCCGAGUGCCCGGGUGCUGAUGGUGGUCUGGAGGGCUGCUGACCGUGGCUGCCCCUCUCCUCCCUCGGCCAUCCCUGACAAACUGUGCUGCUAAAAGCUGGCACAGACCCUCCCUUCUCAGCCCUCAGCUCCUGCUUCCCAACGCCGCCGUGGCCGGCCCCAGCGCGGUUUUCUGCGGGAACGUCACUUAGUAAGGGGAUUUCUUUUGUUUUUUGUCUCCUCGCCUCUGAAAGCUGUGGGGUCCCUCCUCUUCCCCCCAUGGAAAGCACGGGGAGGGCAUUCCCAGGGGAGGGGUGGUGGGUGAGGGAGGGCGUGGGGUGGUGGCUGGCGGGUGGGGAUCUGUUCGAUGCCUCGUGGGGUGUGCAGAACACAAGGGCGGCUCUCUUGGGGGGAUCCAGCAGGUCACACGCAGAGCUGGCAGCAUUUCCAGUUCAGGUCGUGUUUUCUCCAGAAGAACCAUCCCCUGGAGAUUGCUGGAAAGGGCUAACAGAGAAAAACCCCAGAGUUCUGCAUUUAAAGCAUCAGAAGUGUUGGCAUGUGGCACCCACGUCCUGUGUGGAGGUGUGAGUUGGGAGGGAGAGGGGAUCCGAGCAGGAGGAGCUGAACUGCUCCAGGCAGCAGAGACAGCACAGUGUGACUCCAGCUCCUUGGGUGAUGAGGAGUCUCUGUACCCACCAAACCUGUGCUCUGUGUGACACACGAGCGUUUCUGUGCCUGCAGCAGGGCCUGUAACAGAGAACACCGGGCCAGGAAUGACCCCUGGUGAAGUGGAGGUGGAAAACCACGAGUGCCUUGUUCUUGCCCACCACUGGCUGUGUGCACUAAGGGAGCCGUAACCAAAGCAAGGUUCAGAUCAAACGGGACCCAGAAUGGCAGAGGAGGUGCUGGGUGGGGUGUGGACAGGGCUGUGGUGGGCUUGGGAGGAGGUGGACAGGGACAGGCAGGUUUGUAGUGCAGAGCAAAAUCCACUGUAGAGCUGUAGCUCUGCUCUUCCCCACUGAACCUGUCACGGCACAAAUCCCUGUCCUUGUGCUCGGGGAUGCCACGGGGAUGGGGCAGCCUCUGCCUGUCUGCAGGCUGCUGAAAAGCCUCUCCUGAGGGCGUGGUGAGUUUGGGGACCAAAGGGAAAAGCUUCAGAUCCCGUGGAAGUCUGUCUGGGUGUUACGUGCGUUCGUUUGUCGUGUGCCUUGAUGAAAAUAAGACUGAGAGGUUUCCUCUUUUCCCAGAUUUUUUUUUUCCUGUGUUGACAGAGCGCAGUAUGGAGAGCAUCUGCUUUGGGGAGGGUGGGUUGUGCUGGUUUUUUGUGUGGUGCAGUCUCUCAGAAAUAUCUGACAGACCUGCCUUAGCCUGACACGGCUUUUCCAUGUGCUCCAAACCUCCUCCGAGCUGUGGGUGUGCAACAGCAGCCCUGGAGCAGCUCUUGGGGAGGAUUUGGCCAUGCACAGCCCCAGGGGUGAGUUUGGUCCGUGGCAGCCUCGGGGGCUGUUCCUGGGCUGUGCUUGAGGCGUGUUUGUGCAAGUGUGAUGGGCGGUGUGGAAGUGGAUCCCAGGGAGCUGAAAGGAGCUGGGAGACAAAGAGCGCAGCAGGAAGGAAACCUUGGCUUUGUAUGGUCUGGGGGCUUUUUAUUGUUGUUGUUGGGGUUUUUUACUUAUUUAUUAGCUCAGAAAAGAACAUCCCUCACCUCUGGUGCUGGCCUCAGAAAGGCAGCUCCUGAAGCAACCCCAGGGUGAGAGAGGACAGGGCCGGGCAGGCGGCGCUCCGGAGCUCAGAGCAGCACAGCCCUCAAACAUUUUUGUCUCAGGCUGCAAAGGGAGAUGUGUCUUAACCAGAUGAUGCAAUCCUGCCCAAACUGCUGCCCCAGGAUGUCCCUGUGGUGUAACAGCAGCCCCAGCUCCCCCCCAGCCCCAGGGGUUUCAUCUCCCCUGUGGGGUUGCUCCAUCCCUCGCUACUGAGGGACACAGGGCUGGGAGAACAGGGACCCUGCAUUGCUCCCACGAAUUUCUCCCAAUGAAUCCACUUGGGACAGGUCUAAAAGGAGGUUUUAAGUUGUAGCCAUUAGUUGUUCCCAGUUAGAAGCCAAAUAACCCACAAAAUGCCCCUCACGCUCUGGUUUUAGGAUAAAGCACCUGAUUUUUAUAAAGCAAGCAGACUUAAUAUGUGCCUCUUAAAAAUAUUUUAACUGGUAGAGAUACCUUUUAAAUUAUUUAUGUUCCAACAUUUGCAAAGCUCUGAUUAGCUCUGUGCAAGUGUUCUGGUGUCUGUGAUGUUUCCCAGCCCCUCCUUCUGAUUUUCAAUUUGUCUUUUACUUUAUUGGUAAUAAAUGAUCUGAAAACCA